ACGACAAUUUCUUUCAAAAUUGUUUUGAAUGGUCGGUCAUUAUUUUUAUUUUCAAUAAAUAAUGAAAUUUUUAUUGUAAACUGAUAGUUUUAUCUUUCUAAACACAAUGGAGAGUUCAUUCUUUGAAUACCGCAAUGAGACAGCGGCCGAUAGUGGUUCCGAGUCGGAAUUUAUCGACGAUAGUUUAGUUGACGAAUCUUUUGGUGUAAAGAAGAAAAAUCACACAGUUUUCGUUGCUGAAUCUGAAGAAUCUACAACAGAUGAUGAAAAUGAGAAAGAGAAGGCACCAAAGAAUGUGUCCAAAUCUGUGGUCAAACGAAGCAGUGUGGUCCAUAGCCAUGUUAUAUCUAGCAGUGAUGAUGAUACAAAUGCAAGCAACAGAGGCAGUAUCAGAAGGCAAUCGGACUCUUCCAAUAAAGUAGUUUUAAGUUCUUCGGAUAAUGAGACAGUUUCACCCGAAAUAGUUCCAAAACGCAGACCACUGAUGAGAAAAUCAUCAGCCAGUAACAAUGACUCAAUUAUUGGACGCAAAACCAAGAAACGGAUGAUGCUUAUUGACUCCGAUACAGAAAACUCAAUUAUAAUUGAACAUGACAAGCACAAGAAGUUAUUAUGUACAAAGGACACUCCGUUGAAAAUAGACAGUGGGAAUAAGCAGAAAAUUAAUGAUCAAAGUAUGAUAGAAGAUAAUCUAUCUAAGAAUGAGAGUAGAAUUGUUACGGAUAGUGAUGACGAAGAUGUUCAGAAUGAAAGUGCAAAGGUUGAUAAGACUAAAUCGUUAGUGUAUGAUGGUUCCGAUGACAGUGAUGAGGGUACGGAAGAGGAGUAUGAUGAAAGUGAAGACGAUGGGCCUGAUGAGGAUCAGAUGGUGAUGUCCAGGGCUACGAGGAUGAGUAUCAUGGGUGUGGUGCCGAAGGACAAUGACAGUGACGAGUCUGACUUUAUACAGUCUGAUGAUAGCCAUCGAAACUCAAACCACGGCUCCGUGGCCAGUCUCACAGACCUUCCAGAACUGGAAAUACCACCGAAAACUCCAGAGAAGACGACAGAAGACCAGGAUUCCUCAAAAAUAACCUGCUCCCCCUUCUCAAGCCCCCUUCAAGACAUAACAAAUGAAUCUAUUAAUGCAAGAAAAUCGUUAGACAAUAAAGAUGAAUGUAUUAUAGUGAAUGAUACAGAGAAAAAUACGUCUAGCAGUCUUAGGAAUAAGGUGCUUAAUAAUUUGAUAGUGAAUAAAGCGAAGGAGAAUUUUAUACGGUAUGACGAUGACGUCACUAUUAUUGAUACGAAGCCGGAGAUCAUUGCGUUGAGCAGCGAUGAUGAGGAUGAGCCAAAAGCAGAACCAAAGUCGCCAAAAGAACGAAAGUCGCUGAAGCCCAAACAGGAGGAUAUGUCGAAUUCGAAGACGAUCACCAAGUACCUGAUGCCGCCCAGCCACCCUGGCCAGCAGGUCGUGUAUGUGAAGAAGCACGUCAGGGAGGCCGAGCUGAUGAAGUUGGAGUCCUUGAAGGAGGACCUCAAGAAUGUUAAGUACCUCCUCGAAGAGAUGGACGUGAACACGCUCCCGGACGGCGGCAGCAGGCUCAUAGAGAGGAUGACCAGUCUGGAAGAGCAGUUCCGAAGGCAGGGCGAGAAGGUCGCCAACAUGGUGGUCGAUGAAGAUGGUGCAGUGGACGUGGACAAGAAGGCCCUCAGCUGGGACGAGCUGCAGAAGGCCAGCAAUGCUGUCAUGCCGCGCAUGUUCGGCAAACAGGCAAUGGCGACCCACAUGGCUGAGAGGAACCUGAUCCUGGACCGGCUGCGCGACCUGUACGAGUCGCUGGCGUCCCGUCCGUCGGAGUCGGAGCUGGCGGCGCCGCCCCGCGCCAUGAAGUCCUCGCUCAUGCCGCACCAGCUGCACGCGCUGGCCUGGCUGCGCUGGAGGGAGACGCAGAGGCCUAGGGCUGGGAUACUAGCGGACGACAUGGGUCUGGGUAAAACCAUCACGAUGAUAUCCCUGAUAGCGAGCGACAAGGAGGACAAGAUCGAUGAUGAUGACGAUGAUGAGGAUGAUGAUGGACCUGCUAGGGGGAAGAUGGCCCGCGGCGGCACGCUGGUGGUAUGCCCGGCGUCCCUGAUGCAGCAGUGGGCGGGCGAGGUGGGCAAGCACUGCCGGGCGCACGCCCUGUCCGUCUGCCUGCACCACGGCGCCAACAGGACCCAGCAGGCCUCCCGCCUCGCCCCGCACGACCUCGUGCUCACUACAUAUAACAUUAUGCAGAGGGAUAAUGAGAAGAAAGGCGUCCUGAUGUGCGUGUACUGGCGGCGCGUGAUAUUGGACGAGGCGCACGUGGUCCGCAACCACAAGUCGGCGACGUGCGCGGCGGCCGGGGCCCUGCGCGCGCCGCGCCGCUGGUGUCUCACCGGGACGCCCGUGCAGAACAAGGACUUGGACCUGUUUGCUCUGCUCAAGUUCCUACGGUGCUCGCCUUUCGAUGAUCUUACUAUGUGGAAGAAAUGGAUAGACAACAAGAGUUUGGGCGGGCAGGAGCGGCUGAGUACGAUAAUGCAGUGCCUGCUCCUGCGGCGGACCAAGCAACAGCUGGUGGCGCGCGGACAACUCGCCUGUCUGCCGCAAAGAGCUGCGCAUACCAGGACUGUCACGCUCACGUCGCAGGAGAUGAAUGUCUACCAGAAGGUGCUAGUGUUCUCGAAGACGCUGUUCGCCCAGUUCCUGCACCAGCGUGCUGAGAAGAGCUCGGACGCGCAGGGGUUCACCUCGGCCGGGAACAGCGCCUACCACAAGAUGCACAAGAAAAUGAUCGCCUUGCAAGGAGCGAAGCCAGUGAAGUCCCACGAGAUCCUGGUACUCCUGCUGCGGCUGCGGCAGGUGUGUUGCCACUGCGGGCUCAUCGCCGCCAUGUUGGACGAGGACAGCGCGCCCGACGUGCACAUAGACCCCGCCGGGCACGACCUGCUCGCCGAGCUCAACAAACUCUCCAUCGAGGACUCUAGUUCCAGGAGAAAGAGUAAAAAGUCCGACGACGAGGAUGACGAAGGCCCCCCACAAGAAGGCACCACGGCGGCGGAAGCGAUCCGCUCCGUCCUGUCCCCCAACAACCCGGUGUUCGAGCUCAGCAACCCUUCCUCCAAGAUCAAGGCCGUCAUGGACUGCCUCAACAACGAAGUCUUUGUUCAUAAAGGUCACAAAGCAGUGGUGGUAUCCCAGUGGACGUCGGUGCUCCGGCUGGUGGAGUCCCAGCUGAAGGCGGCCCGCGUGCGCAGCGUCACGCUCAGCGGCGCCGUGCCCGUCCCCGCGCGGGCCCCGCUACUCACCGCCAUCAAUGAUCCUAACUCCGAUGUCAGGGUAAUGCUACUCUCGCUCUGCGCUGGUGGCGUGGGGCUGAAUCUGUGUGGAGCGAACCACUUGUUACUCCUGGACCCGCACUGGAACCCACAGCUCGAGGAACAAGCACAGGACCGCAUCUACAGGGUCGGACAGACCAAGGAUGUUAAUAUUUAUAGAUUCAUGUGCGUUGAUACGGUGGAGCAAUCAAUCAGAAAGCUGCAACAAGCCAAACUGGAGUUGGCAGAGAACGUGCUCACAGGCGCCAAGAAUACCAACAACUCCAAGCUUACCAUUGAAGACCUCAAAAUGCUGUUUAACAUGGGCCAGUAAGCAGUACGAACGAUUUUUUAAAUACCACAAAAUGUAUCGGUCAAAUUAAACAACCGAUCUCAAUCCAAAAUCUUUGAUAUUGAGACCAAUUAUUGACAUUAGUUCUAUUGAGUUUCUGAGUCUGAUAAAGACAUAGAUUGAUUCAAGAUUUUGGAUUAGGGUCGGUUAUUUAUUUUGGCCAUUGAGUAAAUAGCGCGAAUAUUCCUCUUUUUGUAAAUAAAUCACAUAUUUCGGAGGACAAAACGUAAUUCAAUAUGGUUUUUAAAGAUUUUACAUAAAAAAGCCUAAAUAAUUAUUAAAUUCUUUAUUCUUUUCAUAUCUUGUCGCUAACUUCCUUUGCGCAAACUUCAUACACUUUGCGCAAUAGCUUUGCGCAAGUUAAACAAUAAGACCUUUAUUAUAAGUUUAUACGUGCCAUUUUAAAUAAGAUAUUAAUAGAUAGAUGAGCGUUUAAUUUGAAAGUGAAUAACAAAAUGUAAAGAAUCUUGGCAUUAUUCGUUUUACGGAAAUGCUAAAGCAAGUUAUUUGGAAAGCAAUUAGUAAUUACUUUUAAUUUAGCAUUAAGAUUCCUCACAGCUUUUUUGAAAAUGACUUUUAUUAAGAAAAUGGCUGGACCUAGCUUUUAAUUCAAAAUUAGAUUGAUAAUAAUGGUGACAAUAUACCCACGUUAAUUUUACUGAUUAUUAUAAUAAAUAUGACAUUGUAAAAUAUAGGUUUAAUUAGUAUUAUAGAAUUAUUGAUACUGGUAAUAUUUUAUAAUUAUAGUUUUACAAUAAAUGAUAAUGUAAUUAUG